GCUCAUAAAAAUGGAUCGGGAAAACGUAGCCCAGAAAAAAUAGAUCACAAAAAUACCUCAUGGAAAAGAUAGCCCAUAGAGAGAAUAGUCCAUGGGCCCUUCACAUUCUUCCGAUCGUAGUAGACGGAAAGAAAUUGGAAAAAAGACUCCAUACAUCCAAAAAGUGUUAAAAACCAUUCAGAUUGGGAAAUGUACAUUGAUUUUUUCACCGUUGUCUUUUCUUUCAGGAUUCGCUAUUUUUUCAUGCACUGUUUGUCCAUGAGUUAUUUUUUCUAUAGGCUACUUCUGCGGGGUCAUUUUUUUCUGUACUACUUCUUCAGGAAAUCUCCAUAAGGCGUCAUUACCUAGAUUUUCUCAUUUUUGAUCUUUUGGUUUCGUCAAUUCGUCUGUUUUUUCCAAAACCUUGGUAGCAGGUCGCACCAACUUGUUUUACAAAUUUUCCGGAAAACCAUGGGCAAGACGGACGUGAAAAAAUAUGGUUUUUAUGUUUUAUCAUUAUUCAAUGACUCAAAAAUGUUCACAGUCGCUCGUCGAUUUCUCUCAAUUUAUGGUCAAAUUGUGUGGAUUUUUGCAAACGUUUACUGAGAAAGGAGAUAAUUUUUCUAUGGUUACGAAGCUUUGUCAAUCAUUAAGCAAUAAUCAAACUUGACAAGACUAUAUUUUUUCACAUCAGUUUUAGCAAACGUUCCUCAGAAACUUGUAAGAAACUUGAAACAUGAGAAGAUAUUGGCAAUAACCCUUUAAAUCCUAUCCGUUCCAAAAGCCAUCCUUCCACGAUGAACGAAACUGAAGCCGAUUUGACGGAGAAACGACUCAAAGUCGUGUUGGUUGGAGACUCUAGUGCUGGAAAGACUAGCAUUGUAGUGAAAUUCUGCAAUGAUGAGUUUACGAGACAAUACACACCGACAGCUGGAGUGGAUUUUUUCAUGAAAAAUUUAAGCCUAGGACCAUUUAAAAAUGUUACUCUCCAUUUUUGGGAUGUGGGAGGACUUGCACUGAGAGGAGCUAUGUUGGACAAGUACUUAUACGCCGCUGAUUUAAUCAUAUUCGUGUACGACGUGACCAAUACCGCAAGUUUCGAUGCGAUGGAAGAGUGGAUGGCGACGGUGGUCGCUAUAACCGAGCGAAGUUUUCAAAAAAGUCCGCUGAUGGUAAUCGUGGGUAAUAAAUGUGACAUGGAGCACCAGAGGACAGUAAAGCGAGACAAAUCGCAUCGUUACGCUGCUGAAAAGGGACUAAUCUACCACGAUAUGUCAGCGAGAACUGGAGAAUCGGUCUCAUUGUCAAUAGCCAAUCUCUCUGCCAAAGUACUCGGCGUGCAACUAACCAGAAUGGAUCAAGAAUUUCACAAACCAAUAGUAACAGCUGAAAUCGGAGAUACGGUUGAUGUUGCAACAAUUCGAAAAGUUAUAAAACGCCAGCCGCACAGAAAAUCAUGUCAAAAUAAUAAUUAUCCCGCCCUUCCACUAUCAAAAUCAGCUGUCUGUUCGUUACAGUGAUAUAAAUCAGGACAAAAAAUUUUAAAUGAUUUUUAAUCAUCAAAAAACUGUGUGACACUCAUAUGAGAUUGAAACUUUAAAUUCACUUUGAAAUUAAGUUUUUUGAGAAUAUUUUUGAGGGUAAAGAUGAUAGAGGAAUUUUUAUAAAAAUUGAAUCAUUGAACUGCGCAAGAUUAAAACGGAUUCAAAAAUGUUGAGUGGACUUACGCCCGUGGUGCCUUGACCUUUAUAGCCAACGUAUUAAAGCUCUCGAAAUAUAAAUACAAAGUAUUUAACAAACUUGUAAAAAUGAAAAAAAAUCGAUAAAUUUCCAAUUUUAAUAAAGAAAAAUUUACGUUUUUACGCAAUAUAA